AUGACAUUCGAUACCUCCACCCGACCGGAGCAUAUACAGGGGAUCUUGUCUAGUCUCGAUCGUUACAACCCGGAAACCGUCACGAUUUUUCAAGACUACGUACAGCAACAAUGUGAGAACAGGACCUAUGACAGCCUCGCAAAUUUGGCUCUUCUGAAACUCUACCAGUUCAACCCCCACCUCACCCGCGACGAGACAAUUACCAACAUCCUCGUUAAGGCCCUCACUGUCUUCCCAUCCGCCGACUUCGGCCUCUGCCUGCAUCUCCUUCCCGCCAACGCCCUGACCGAACCGCCGAUCGACCCCUUUGCGGAAGCUGUGCUAAAGCUAUUCUCCCUUUCCCGCCUCUUGGAAGCCUGCGAAUAUAGGGAAUUCUGGAUGACGCUCGAGUCCGAUGACUUGUACGCCGACCUGAUCACUGACUGUGCCGGCUUCGAGGAGCUGAUCAGGCUCCGCAUCGCCAGCACCACAGCCCAGUCCAAUCGUGAGAUUAACAGGGAGCUGUUGGAGGGCUGGUUGAAUCUCACCGCUGAUGGGUUCGAGAGCUUUAUUAAGGGGAGCUGUGGAUGGGCCAUUGAGGGGGAUGUAGUCAAGAUUCCGCUGAACAAGGAAAAUGAGGCGAAGACUACAGUUACUAGGGAGAAUGUGAAGUUCGAUCAAUUUCAAAGGGUUAUCAAACGUGCGUAUGAGCAGCCGGCUUAGGGGGUAGGGUGAGGGCUGGUGCGGGUGCCUGGAGCGAUCUUCUCGAAAUCGGCUUAAAACAAAAAUAUACCAUAACCGGGUCCGGGACACUUUGAGUUUGCGGAGUCAGAAGUCUGAGAAAGUCUUUUAUUUUUAUUUUUAUUCUACUUUAUUUUUAGAUUUUCCUUUCUUUAGUUCUAAAUCGGUUGUUUCAUUCGUUGCUAGCUCUUGCACAUUUUUUCCCUUCUCUUUCCCUUACCAGGCCCGGCUCACGUUUUAUGGUGGGGAAUGCCGUGAUCCAUCAGUUUGCGGGGUCGGCACUCUCAGAAUCCACAAUGUGUCGCCUGGCGACUUCCGCGUCCUAAA